AUGGCACAAGGACCGGCAAAAGCAACGAACGGACCGUGCGUAGCCGUGGAAGAAGAAGAUGCUCAUCUGCAGAUGUAUCGUGAGAUUUUCCAAUGGCCUGUUGAUGUCGUAUCGCCUACGCGAUUGGCACAGCGCGAAACUGGACGAGAGGUAAUCGAGCUGCUGGAAGGCCAGCAUUCGAUCGCAAUUCUAGGCGAGGCGUUCGGACACAAUCAGCAAGGGCGACUCGUACGCAUCGUCCUCAAAGACCCCGGUGGCCCUGGUGAUCAGCCACGCAAUCAUCCUCAGUUGGAUGCAAUUGAUUAUCGGUACCUUCAGCAGAAAAGUGCUUUCAAUCUGCCUCCACGCGAGGCACGCGACCAAUUGGUUCGCUUGUAUUUCGAGCACGUCUAUCCGUACACGCCCGUCCUUGAUCGGGAGGAUUUCAUGCGAGAGUACGACGCCGAUCGAAGCUCACACUUUGUCUUAUCGGCAAUGCUGGCGAAUGCCAUGCCCUAUGCGUCUGACCAGCUAUUGAUCCAAGCUGGAUUCUCACAUCGCUUAACUGCGCAAAAGUCAUUCCGAUCUAAUGCUCAAUUACUAUAUAACUUUUGCGCCGAGAGGAGACCGCUCCGUUUACUACAAGGGUCCUUGAUCCUGAGCUGCCUGAGUCCGUCAUUCUCGCCAGAUCGGGACUUUCGCUACUGGCUCACGAAUGCGGUUCGCCUGGCAAUCCAGAUGGGCUUCCACCGAGAACAUGUUUUGAAAGCUGUGGCUCCGUCCACAGCAAGGCUGAUACGCCGGAUCUGGUGGACCCUCUAUAACAGAGAUGUUCUCUUGAACGCCUCAGGUCACUAUACCGUCCGAAAAAUUCGUGACUACGAUUUUGAUACAAAGGGCUUGACGGAAGAUGACUGGGAACAAGGCUUCCCCGAACCGACACACCCUCUCUUGCCUGAUGUCAGUCGCAUACAGAAGCUUUGCUUUCUCGAGACUUGCAAGUUAUCGGUGAUGAGUGCAAAGUUCAUUCAAACCUUUCGGACGGCAGGCGUAACACCUUCGCAGGACGCCUGCACGAGGGUGGAAGAUGCGCUGAUGGAUUGGCGGUGGUCCCUCCCAAACGAACUUCAUCUUGAGGUCGUCCGCAAGUGGACUACCGAGAACAUGUGGAUCAUGUUACUGAAGGUGUUCAGCUACCGACUCGAAUGCUUGCUCUACCGUGCGUUGCGCCAGCGGUACAAGGCUUGCAACGAGGAGGACAAGGCAGCGGAAGCCGCUCGCAAGCAACAAAACGCCUUAUUCGAGGUGGACACUGUCAUUCAACGGGUAUUCCAGAAUGGAAUCGCCAACUGGUUCCCGUUGUCGCUAACAACCUCUGUCUCUUCGAUACUGGCAUUGAACAUUGAAAGCGCUCUCGAACAAGGAAUCGGCCCGGCGCAGGAAUUCAUGAUCAAAGCUCGCAUCCAGACGGGACUGGCAUGUAUGCGCGAAACCUGGGAGUACUGGGGGGCGGUGAAGUGGACUCUCCAGACAUACUCCGCGAAUGCCACCGACCGUCUCAGAACCCCUCAAUUUCAAAUCUCAGCUGCUGAGCCACAUGACUUGUUCGACUUCGAGGUCGAUGACCUGUGGGGCUCUCUGGUGUCGAGAGACGACGGAUGGGUCCAAGACUUUAUGGGUUCAAAUACCUUCGGGAAUGAGACGCGCCCGCCUCCGGCACAGUAG